GGAGCAGCUGAAAGAGAGAGGGAGAGACAGACAGGAGCGUGAGUGUGUGAGAGAGAGUGCGUGGUGCUGUGGAGCAGAGAGAGUGUGUGUGCGUGUGUAGGAGCGUCUGUCUGACUGGGUAGGUUAGCUACUACAUCUUGACUGAGACGGGAGGAGCAUUUUUUUUCUUGUCUUUUUUGGCAGUAAGAAGAGAGAGAGAGAGAGAGAGAGAGAGAGAGAGAGAGAUUGUAAAAUGAUGCCAGCAUUAUUUCUAUUUAAACCUAGUCUUCUGUAGCCCGGCUAGGGUUAUAACUAGCUUACAGAGUCAGGUGCGUUUAUUGGCUAGAUUAGCUAUUAGUGUUGUUGCUAGGUUACCUAGUUAAGCAAGCUAGUUAGCUUACUAGCUAGGUAGUUAACUAGCCAGUGGUUUAGCGUCUGUUUUACCUCAAAUUAAGAAAAUAAGAGGGAAUAAUUCACAUAUUCCGCUGUUUAAGUGUUCGAAAAAGGAAAAAGACAAGAGUUCUCCUCACAAGAAGCGCGGAUAAAUCGAUAAAUCGACGAUACCUCUCUUUCUUUCGUUGAACCGACUGAAAAAACAAAACGCAAAAACGACGCUUUGGGUUUUUGUCGGUUGAUGUGCGUGGCGCUGAGCACGCGCACACUGGGCUAACGGUCGAGCCCACAGCAAACUCCUCCCCCCUCCGCUUUCUCUCCUCCUCCUCUCCUUCCCCACCUCCUCUUCCUCCCCCCUCCAUCACCGCCCCCCCCCCGCCCCUUUCCCCUAUGCUCAGUUCGGUGUGUGUCUCCUCAUUUAAAGGGCGCAAGGGUGGGAACAAGUCGUCCAACAAAGCAUGUUACAGCGCCGACAUGCCUUGCCCGUCGGACAGCGAGAGGAUCGUGAUCAACUGCGGCGGCGUGCGCCACGAGACGUACCGCAGCACGCUCAAGACGCUGCCCGGCACGCGCCUCUCGUGGCUCACUGAGCCGGACGCCUUCAGCAACUUCGACUACGACCCCAAGGCCGACGAGUUCUUCUUCGACCGGCACCCGUCCGUCUUCUCCUUCAUCCUCAACUACUACCGCACGGGCAAGCUGCACUGCCCCAACGACGUGUGCGGCCCCCUGUUCGAGGAGGAGCUCGCCUUCUGGGGCAUCGACGAGACGGACGUGGAGGCGUGCUGCUGGAUGAACUACCGGCAGCACCGCGACGCCGAGGAAGCGCUCGACAGCUUCGAGAGCCCCGAGCCGGAGGCGCCGGACGACGACGCGGCGCUGGCCGGAGGCGCGGACGGCGACCUGAAGCGCCUGUGCCUGCAGGAGGACAACAGGAAGGUGGGCUGGUGGCGCGUCUGGCAGCCCAGGAUCUGGGCGCUUUUCGAAGACCCCUACUCUUCCAAGUACGCGCGGUAUGUGGCUUUCGGCUCCCUCCUUUUCAUCCUCAUUUCCAUCUCAACAUUUUGCAUGGAGACCCAUGAGGCCUUCAACACCAUCUACAACAAGACAGAAAACGUGACAGUGGGCAAUGUGACGCGAGAGGAGAUCGUGUAUGAGGUUGUGACAGACAGCUGGCUGACCUACGUGGAGGGCGUGUGUGUGGUGUGGUUCACCAUUGAGGUGUUCACCCGCGUUGUCUUCUGCCCGGAUAAGGCCGAGUUCUUCAAGAGCCUGCUGAACAUCAUCGACUUCGUGGCCAUUCUUCCCUUCUACCUGGAGGUGGGCCUGAGCGGUCUGUCUUCCAAGGCAGCCAAGGAUGUGCUGGGCUUUCUGCGGGUGGUCCGGUUUGUCCGGAUCCUGCGUAUCUUCAAGCUGACCCGUCACUUUGUGGGCCUGCGGGUGCUGGGCCACACCCUUCGCGCCAGCACCAACGAGUUCCUGCUGCUCAUCAUCUUCCUGGCCCUUGGGGUCCUCAUCUUCGCCACCAUGAUCUACUAUGCUGAACGCAUCGGGGCCAACCCAGACGACCCCACGGCCAGCGCCCACACUAACUUCAAGAACAUCCCCAUCGGCUUCUGGUGGGCCGUGGUCACCAUGACUACCUUGGGCUACGGUGACAUGUACCCAGAGACGUGGUCCGGGAUGUUGGUGGGUGCUCUGUGUGCCCUGGCUGGUGUGCUGACCAUUGCCAUGCCCGUUCCAGUCAUUGUCAACAACUUCGGCAUGUACUACUCCCUGGCCAUGGCCAAACAGAAGCUGCCCAAGAAGAAGAACAAACAUAUCCCACGAGCUCCACAGCCUGGCUCACCCAACUACUGCAAGCCAGAUGCCCUGGCCAUGGCCACUGCCUCACCCCAGAGGAUUCUUGGUAACGUGUUGGGCGGGGUAAUGGGCUCAGGAGGGCUGACAGGAGACUGUCCACUGGCUCAGGAGGAGAUUAUAGAGAUAAACAGAGACUCAAAGCAGAAUGGUGAUGCAGCCAGUGCAGCUCUGGCCAACGAGGACUGUCCUACAAUAGACCAGGUUCUGAGUCCUGAGGAGCGGAGUCCUGCAGGACGGACACGCGAACGCUACCAGCAGGACCGCGCCUGCUUUCUGCUUAACACACGUGACUUCCGGCCCACAGACGGAAAUGUCCGGAAAGGUUGUGUCAUAUCACGCGUUUCCACAGGCUAUGAGAAAUCUCGCAGCCUGAACAACAUAUCGGGAAUGGCGGGGUCGUCACUGCGCCUAACCCCCAUCACCAGCACACCCUAUGACCCCUACGAGGCCCCCGGACCCCUGCGCCGCUGCCGCUCACCCAUCCCCUCCAUUUUGUAGCCAGGAGCACGAGAGAAAGUGAAAGCUUAGAACUCAGGACUGGAGAACAGGAGGAGAGGAAGACAGGACAGAGGCCGUGUGUGUUAACGGACGUGGAUGUGCACGUGUGUGUGCGCGUGUACCUGCGUGUGUGUCUGCGAAUUCAAAGCUCAGCCUCACACUCAACUCAUAGCAAUAACCACAUAGUGAUCCUGAGUGUAGAAAGAAGCUCCGCCUCCUCACCCUGUUCCGCUCACAGCUUCAGGUGCAUGCCGAUAGUAGACGUACUGGGAGAUGAUAAAUACACUGUACUGUAUUCUGUAGAAGCUAAUGGGAGAAAAGAAAAAAUAGAGCGGGUUGUGGCUGACGGAUCAACGUGACCUUUUGUAGUAGGACCUUAGCCCAACGAACAUGGACUCAAAUAUGCAGAUUAAUAACCAGAUUUAAGUCGUCCACCUUAGAAAACAGUACUGUACGUGAGUGUGUUAGUAGACCAUAGCUAAUUUUCCUCACACCUUCGUUAGUUCUUUAUUGCUAACAAUAGAUUAAGAGAUAAAGAGGCUGCCAAAGUAUAAAAAAAUGCAAAUAGAAGAAAAGUUGAAAGAUCUCGCUCUUUUAAUGAUCCUAUCCUCACCUCACAUCUUUUAACCUCCACCUCAUAUUCAUUUUUGGACUGAACAACGCACAUUUAUCAUCAUUUAAUGCAAUUCAAAAGUGAAGAUUAUACGCUAUACAUGACCGAUCAUUAUGCAAACUUAUUUGUACAAGAGAAAAAAAUUUUUAUGUGUGCAAUAUCUGCCAUUGUUUGACAUGUUAUAAUCUUCUGAACAUAUAUAUGGGUCAACCAUAAGGAAGCUAAGUAGCUUUUUAAUAAAAAAUUUUUUUAUUAUUAUUUUUAGAGUUUUAGCUUCCUGUAUUCAUUCUUUGCAACCGAUCCUGUGUUUGACCAUAUUGCUUGUACAAUCUAAAAAAAUCCAAAUUAAUGCCAUAAUGCCCUCAAGAAGUCCAAAAAUCACUUAAUUAUUUCACCAUUUUUAAUUUCCCAUCAUGCAUGUUCUGCGUCCAGUCCCUGUUUUAGUUCUUGAGGGUGAAAGCGAAAAUGGCGAGGACUCGUUUUAGUCUACGAUCGCUGGCACCCAUCUCCACGUAUAUAUGCAAAAUGUGCAAUAUUCCACUCAGACUCAUAAUGCUGGAGACAUACUUCACGCACACGUGUUGUUUGUAAAAAUGUGUGCAAAUGAAUAUUUUUAAUCCUUCAAAAAAGAAUAACAAUCAGUGUAUGAAAUAGAUAUACUGAUUUUAAGACUACAAAUGUAUUUGGCAACUCUAGAGCAUUCCUGGUUUGUUGGUCUUGUCCUUGUUGAUGUCCUGUUGUUGUUUUCUGAUAUUUUGAAUGUGUUCUAUUUCACAUUGUUUCAUUUGUAUAUAAUAUAUACAUAAGUGUUACAAAUCUGUGUUUAUUUUCAGUAGGUAGAAAAUAUUGAGAACAUUCAGGUCUAGUUGACCAAGUGCUUCCAAGAGUAAUUAAGAAAAGAGAAGAAACGAACUGAAUAAAGCCAUUUCUGAGAAAAUGCUUCCUUGGAAAUGUAGAGAAAAAGAAAAAGAAUAUGUUGCAAUAAUUGCAAAGUAGUAGCUAUAGGUUAUAGGUGACUAACUGUAUAUUAUGAUUAGAUGUUAUUUAGUUUCCGAAUGGAGAAUCAGCCGAUUAGCUGACAUUGUAGACAUGCAAAAAGGAGCCAUUUUGUUUUAAACAUGGCACCUGGCAAAGCAAAGCUGGGCCAAGCUUUCUUGAUGCAGUGAUGACCUUCUCCUGCAGUCUUCCAGUAAUGCUUGGUAUUCUACAGUCCCCUGUGUUUAAGCUGGAUAAGUGUGCACAAGCUUAAUUCUAGUUCUAAGUUAUCCUUUAAAAAAAUGAAGAGGGUGAAAUUAUAAAAAUACCCAACAGGUUCUAGGUAUUAGCUAGGUUUUAAACAUGCAGAAAUAUCAGUUCAUUGGGUUCACAAACUAUGCAAGUUGCAUGAAGGCAUCAUCUGUAUACUUGUAUACUCUGUAUUGUUUACAAACCCAAAAUUGCAUAACUCUCACAAGCUACAUUUCAUUAAAAGGAUACUGUGGCCUUCAGGUUGAGUAUAAGAGGUAGAGGGAUCCUGUGUCACUUAUGUGUCGUUGCUAAAGCGGAUGAAUAUGGAUAUGAAGCACAGGAUGAAUAUACUGCCCUGAUAUCAAAUGAGACAUGGCUCAGAUCGGGCCACACUUAUACAGUCACCUGAUAAAAUUUCCUGUCAUGGAAGAAGUGGAAGGUCUUUGUCCGAAUCUGCAUACCAGAGCACAGUUACAACUGGCACAGUUAUGGUCUGAAACAGAACUUCUUUUGGUCCACAACACACUUGCCGUUGCUAUAACUGACCUGUAAGUGCCUUAACUGUGGCUUUACCCAGGAUCGUCUGCUGUCUGGGUGGGUAAUGGUCUAACACUAUGUAGAAAGAAGGUGCACCUGUGGUCAGAAGUUUAUAAACACUAAUCAAGGCAUUCGUUCUACAACCACCUGUAAUAUGUUUCAGGAUCCAAAUUUCUAGUCUAGAAAUUUUGGUGGUUUGAGGUCAUGCUGAAAAUAUUUGAGACAGUCUUCCUCCAUCACUCCAUCCAUGUUUUGCAGUGUACCAGUUGCAGAACAUGUUACUACCACCACCAGUUGGUACUUGGGAUUAAACAACCUUUACUCUUGUAAAACAUGUUUAUCUAUGUUUAAAACCAUAAAACCUCCCCCCAGCCUUCAGUUGUUAACUUAUAGCAGUGCAAAACUGGAUGUACUGUAGGCAGGAACACUGGUGUUCCAGCAGCUUCCAGUUAAUGGCAAUUAAUUGGUGGUUCUUGAAUAUAUACUAAGAAUUGUGGCUACACAUUCCAGUAUCUCACACUUUCUUUUACAACAAUUUGGGUUUGAACUAAGGAUCUUAAUAAACAGAUCCAAUAGACAUUCUUGAAUUGUAUAAACCUGCAAUGAUUCUUCUGACAUGCAGUGAGGUCUUUAGACUUUCUCAUUGUACUGUGGGUUGUUUGGUUCUAGUUUUUGACUAGAAAAAAAUUGAACUUUUAGCACCACUGAAUGAAUCAUUUCAGAGGAUAUGUGUGUGUGUUUUUGACCCUGUAUGUAUAGUGUACAAUGGGUUUAUUUCAGAAAAAAAAUCAAAAUUCAAACUUCUUGUUUCUCACUUAACCUAUUCUACUCCAGACAAAGAAGAGUUCAAAGAAAUAACUGAAAUCACAAUAUCACCAUGGCCUUCCUGUCUAGGUUGAGUGUAUGUAAAUGUCCCAUCACAACUGCAAGAGCAGGAAGUCUAGGUUUAAUGCCACUUUUGUAGAGGCUGUCGCUGUAAUUGUCAUUGUAAAAUGGACCCAAUGUCAAGUUUUGCAUUGGGCCCUGGCAAAGGUAGGACUGCCAUAUUAGAAAUAUAAUAUUAUCAAAAUUUGCUAAAUUACUUGGAAUAAGUACAAAAGUGCUCACACUACAUGUCGUGUGUUUGAGUUGGAAAUGAAACUCCUAGAUUCAUUUUUGUUUCUAGGUAAUAGAGAGGUACAUACUGCAUAGGAUGUGUCCAAGUGUCUUUUUACUGCCGUUUUUAGCUUACAUAACUGCCUAGUCCUUAGAAAUUGGUCCAGUUUACUUUCUUGCUUAAACAUGUGACAUUAGAGUACAGUUUAGUGUGUUUGUACUUAUUACAACUGAUUCACAUUUGUCCUUGAUGUAGUUGGACUGUGUGUUUAAAUAAUGUUACUCAAAAUUAGAUUAGUGCUUUGGAGUUACCUUUACCCAGUUCAUACCUAGAACCUGUUUUGCAUUUCAGUUUUAGUUUAGAUAAAAGUAUGUCAAUGUUGUCCGAAGGAAACAUGUAACAUUUUCCUGCUGAAAUACAUGUUUUACUUUGGGCAGCUAUGAUAUUAUAAAUUCUCUUAUCUUAUCUUAUUUAAAGCUAGUACACAAAUUGUAGGGGACUGUAAAAAAACGGCAUUUCUGGUUUUCUCUCCUAAUAUGGAGGUGAACUACUGUGAUGGUUCAGUGGGUUAAAAUACCUCGAUUUGUUUUUUGGGUGACCUUAAGAUGCUCUUAUUGGGGGCCGCCUGGCAUUCCAUUUCCAGAACAGGGGUCCCGGACUGGUAGAGCCUGCAAGAGCUCCUUUUAAUGCUGUGAAUCCAGAGGCAUUUUCUUUCACUAACAAAAUCUUAGUGUCCAUUAGUUACUGAUCUCUAGCAAUUAGCCAGAUAGGAGGUUUCUUCUCCUAACUGAUAAAGAUUCUUCUUGUGAGCAACCAUGUCCUUAUACGUAUAUAUAGAUAUAUAGAAAUAUAGUGUCCUGUUUAUUGUAGUGUGUAGUUGUAAACCUUUCUGUUGCUGAUGUUGUUGUUGUUGUUGUUUUUUAUUUCAAAUGUAGAGAAUUUUAGCGAUUCUUUGUGUGGAGUGUAUUCCAUAUUGUUGUAACCCAAUACAACACAGUCAGGACACUUUGAAACGAAUCAAACAUGUUUGUGUUGAAAAUGUGAGCUCCCUCUAUGAGGCUACUUUAAGCUGCUGUGUUAUUCUAGAAACCCAUAAACCGCUAGCUAGAUUUAACUAGCUUCACCUGCCAACUUGAUUUGUACAUACCUGUAUCUAUACAAUAUAUGUGAAUACCCAUUAAAAAGAUCUGUACUGCA